AUAAAUUUCACAAUUAGUUUGAAAUAUACUAUUGCUUUAAUAGAGUGAGAGUCAGAUUAAAAGACACUUUAGUCCUGUUUUGUCGGUAAAUUGUGAUAUUUUGUGAAAAUUCAAUUAAAGCGUUACGUUUAAUGGCAGAAUACGGUCAACAACAGCAACAGUGGCAACCGGCACAAACCGGACCCGCGCCGCCCUAUGGACCGCCCGGACAACAAACUUACAUUCCCGGUCAGGCGCCGCCGCCCGGACACUACGCCCCUCAGGGAACUGUACUCAUCCAACAAACGCCGGCCCCACAGACCGUAGUAGUGUUGGGCGGAUGUCCCACAUGUAGAGUCGGACAAUUGGACGAUGAAUUCACCUGUUUGGGUUAG